AUGCUGGCUAGUGAGGCUGAUGAUUGGUGGAUGGAGACUCGUCAUAAGUUGGAUGGUGCAGGCACGAUUGUUACUUGGGCAGUGUUUAGCAGGGAAUUCUCGAGGAAGUACUUUCUGAAAGAUGUUCGCGGGAAGAAGGAGAUAGAAUUCCUUGAAUUAAAGCAGGGGGAUUUUUCAAGGAUAGAGUACGCUGCUAAGUUUGUGGAACUGGCGAAGUAUUAUCCUCAUUACAAAGAGGCGACUGCUGAAUUUUCAAAAUGCAUCAAGUUUGAGAACGGGUUGCAUCCUGAAAUCAAACGAGCAAUUGGAUAUCAAAAGAUCCGAAGAUUUAUGGAAUUAGUGGAUUGUUGUAGGAUUUAUGAAGAGGAUAAUAAGGCUCACUACAAAAUAAUGAAUGAAAGAAGGCGCAAACAACAUCAGAACUGUGGUAAGCCUUACAGUGCUCUAGCUGAUAAAGGUAAAUAA